AAACAGCAGGAAGAAAACGGUCACAAAUAUCCUGAAUUUCUUAAAGUACAUAACUUAAUCUGUGAGACUUCUGGACAAACUCCUAACAUCAUUAACUUGCUGUUUGGUUGAAGGUUUGAGCUCUGAAAAACCACUUCAACUUUGAACUUCUUUAACUAAAGAAAAGAGCAAUCUCAUAGCUGACAUGAGUGAGAUAUUUACACCGUUGGACUGCUUACUGCCUAAAGGCACCCAAAGGAUAUGCUUGGUAAUGCUGAAUCAGCCAUUGGAAAAAGACUAUUUUUACAAACUCUGGAACAAAGGAAUCCCUGCAGAAAGCGGUCUGUCUCCGAAUCAAGCUGUUUUGAAGGCAGUUGUUGAUGGAGGUGCAAACCAUCUUUAUGACCUAACAGAUGGAAACCAAGAAAAUUUUCUUCCUGACUUCAUUAGUGGAGAUUUUGACUCAAUCAAACCAGAAAUCAAAGAAUAUUACCAGAAUAAGAAGUGCCAGAUAAUAAAGACAGAAGAUCAAGAUCUGACAGACUUUACAAAAUCCAUUACUAUCCUUUUGCAAAAAAUAAAGCAAGAAAAUAUCAAGGUGGAUACUAUAGUGACCCUUGGAGGGCUUGGUGAGCGUUUUGACCAAAUCAUGGCUACAGUGGAGACUCUUCAUCAUGCCAGCUAUAUGACUGAGCUACCAGUGGUUGUCAUAGAUGGAUGUUCCUUAGUUUACCUACUAAAACCAUUGAAAAAUCACAAACUUAAUGUUAACACUGGACUGGAGGGAGACUGGUGCGGCUUGAUCCCAGUGGGUGCCCCCUGUGUUACAACUACCACGGGCCUUAAGUGGAAUAUUGAAAAGCAAGAGCUAAAAUUUGGAAAGCUGGUCAGCACUUCUAACACGUAUGAAACGGUCCCUGCAGACGAAGAGAGGAAGCCUGUGACAAUUGAAACUGACCAGCCCUUAGUGUGGACCAUGGGAAUACAAAGAAAGUAAACUGCAGUGUAUUUUGAUUUGAAUUACUGCUUUUAGUAUCCUGCAAGCAUAGAGAAAUUAGGCUUGACAUUUUAUAAGCCUUUAAUAUUUACAUUCAUUUAAUAAGCAUUUGCUAAUAAGACAUCGUUAUCAAUGAUUUUUGAAUAAAAACACUGGAUUUAGAACCUUUAUCAGUAAAAAGACCUAAGUGCACCACCCAAGUGCCUGUUUUUAUUUAUCAGGCACGAACACCCAAUGACCUCCUUGCACUGCAGUUACAUGUGAAUGAAUCAAUGCUGUGAUUUGCUUUAAAAGGAAAUCUGAACAUAUAUGAAGUAUUCAUACUAUAAUAUAAAUAUCCUUGUUCUGUAAUUCUUCACAUAAUAUACAAGUACUUAUGUCCCCAGAGUGUGGAGACAUGGCACAUGUUGAACACAAGCUAGAAUUUCACUGCACUGUGUCCAAGUAGCAACAAUGACCAUAGAAUUCAAAAGUCAUGACUAUGGCAAUCCAUGGGCUUAUCAGCAUUAGACAUCCAUGCAACCUGUAGGGAGAGUAAAAUCCUGUGCCUCCUCAAUUCAAUUUACUUUAAACUCCAUAAAGAAUUCUAUAUAAAAAUACAUUUUACAAAUUACUAAUUACAUAGUAAGUAUACAUAAAGAGUCAGGUUU